CGAGCAGCACCUCCUCCACGCGCCAUUCAGGCCAUAAAUACAUCUUUAGACUCAGCGCUCGACCUCCUCAACCAGUCAGAUUACUGCUGCAGCCGUUUGACACUUCCGUCGUCGUUUGACAAAACUCCAAAGAUGACUCAUCAGUUCCCAUCGCUCACUCAGGAGCUAAAGAAGGAGCUCUCUGACAUUGCUCAGAGGAUGGUGGCUCCUGGAAAGGGAAUCCUGGCAGCAGAUGAAUCAACAGGAACCAUGGGGCAGCGUCUCCAGAAAAUCAAUGUGGAGAACAACGAGGAAAACCGUCGCUCUUUCCGUGACCUCCUCUUCUCCACUGACCCCUCAAUCGCCAACUGUGUGGGUGGGGUCAUCUUAUUCCAUGAGACACUCUACCAGAAAGCAGACAGUGGCAAGCUCUUCCCCCAGGUCAUCAAGGACAAGGGCAUUGUUGUCGGCAUCAAGGUGGACAAAGGCACAGUCGGUCUAACUGGAACUAAUGGAGAGACUACCACACAGGGUCUCGAUGGCCUCUCAGAGCGCUGUGCCCAGUAUAAGAAGGAUGGCUGUGACUUUGCCAAGUGGAGAUGUGUGCUCAAGAUCUCAGAUAGCUGCCCAACGGCUCUCGCUAUUGCCGAGAACGCCAAUGUCCUUGCCAGAUAUGCCAGUAUCUGCCAACAGAAUGGUCUGGUGCCUAUUGUGGAGCCAGAAAUCCUGCCUGACGGAGACCACGACCUGCUGCGCUGCCAGUAUGUCACAGAGAAGGUCCUUGCUGCUGUGUACAAGGCUCUAUCCGAUCACCACGUGUAUCUGGAGGGCACCCUGCUGAAGCCCAACAUGGUCACAGCUGGACACUCCUGCACUAAGAAGUUCACCCCUCAGGAGGUUGCCAUGGCCACAGUGACCACUCUGAGGCGCACCGUCCCUGCUUCUGUGCCUGGCAUCUGCUUCCUAUCUGGAGGCCAGAGUGAGGAGGAGGCCUCCGCCAACCUGAGUGCCAUCAACCAGGUGUCCCUUAAUCGCCCCUGGAAGCUGACCUUCUCUUACGGCCGUGCACUCCAGGCCUCUACUCUUGCAGCCUGGCAGGGCAAAGCUGCCAACAAGGCAGCUGCACAGGACGCUUUCUGCAGCAGGGCCAAGAUCAAUAGCCUGGCUGCCAAAGGAGAGUACAAACCCUCCAGCUCAGCUGACACGGCCUCAAUGAAGUCUUUGUACACAGCCAGCUACGUCUAUUAAAUACUGUGAACAUCAAAAAUAUCAAAUGAAUGCACAUGGACCAAAUAUGGCAACAAGAAAAGCUUCUGCUGGAUUUCUCUUCCCACACCAGGGGAAGGCUUCCAUUAAAAUGAACUACUGUUUGUCUACUCAAUGGAAUGACUGGAAAUAAAUCAAGUGACCAAAUA